CCCACAGGUGUACGUUGAUUACCUCGCGACCACGUUCGUUUUCAGCCAAUCAGCGCGCGCUGCGACCGGAAGUAACGUCACCGGGCAGGCAGGCAGGGCGGGACCUUGAACCAAAACACAAACAAUGGCGGCGGCUGUCACCUCUCGCAGGCCCUACCACAUCAUUGUUUUCGGUGCCACGGGGUUCACGGGGCGGUUCGUCGUGGACGAAGUCGCCCGGUGCGCCGCGGAGAAGCCCGCGGGCGGCCCUCUGAAAUGGGCCGUGGCCGGGAGGAGCAGGCGGCGCCUGGAGGAGACGUUGGAACAAGCCGCCGAGAGACUGUCUAUGCCCGAGUUGAGGACGGACACUGAGAUCAUUGUGGCUGAUGUGUCCAUCGAGGAAUCGCUGGCCGUCAUGUGCCAACAAGGUGUGGUCGUCCUCAACUGCGUGGGACCGUACAGAUUCUAUGGAGAACCAGUGGUCAAAGCUUGCAUUGAAAAUGGAGCUCACUACGUAGACAUCUCUGGGGAGCCUCAGUUCCUAGAACGUAUGCAGCUGGAGUAUCACACAAAGGCCUCGGACAAGGGGGUGUAUGUGAUCGGCAGCUGUGGCUUCGACUCCAUACCGGCAGACCUGGGUAUUCUCUACACACGGAGGCACUUCAAAGGAACACUGACGGCUGUCGAGAGCUUCCUGAACAUCAGCAGUGGGCCUGAGGGGUUGUGCGGCCAUGACGCCACUUGGCAGUCUGCCGUGUACGGCUUCGCAGACAGCGGCUCUCUCCGCCAGCUGAGGAGGAAGUUUGGCCACAAGCCGCUGCCUGUAGUGGGAGCCAAAGUCCAGAAGAGGGGCUUUGUGUUUUUCAGCAAGGAGAUCGAGCAGUAUGUCAUCCCAUUUAUUGGUUCUGACCCUUCAGUUGUCAAGAGAACCCAGCGUUUCCUUUACGAGGAGGAACAACAGUUACCAGUCCAGUACAGUGCCUACGUCGGGGUCGGUGGCCUCAUCUCCGUAGUCAAGUUGUUCUGCGGCGGCCUGUUCUUCUGGUUCAUGGUCAAAUUCGGCCUCGGCAGGAAGCUCCUCACCACGUUUCCAUCGUUCUUCUCCUUCGGCAUGUUUAGCAAGGCUGGUCCAACCAUCAAGCAGAUAGAGGACACCUGCUUCAGCCUGACGUUCUUCGGGGAGGGCUACUCGGAGGACACGGACCCCUCGCAGGGCCGGCCCAACGCCAAGAUCUGCACUCAGGUCAUCGGAGCAGAACCUGGUUACGUAGCCACAGUGUCCACGAUGGUCCAAUCAGCUGUCACCUUGCUGAAUGAAUUGCACUCACUUCCCAGGAGGGGAGGGGUGUACACUCCUGGAGCCGCCUUCUAUAAAACCAGUCUCAUCGACCGCCUCCAUAACCACGGCAUCAAGUUCUCCGUCAGAGACCACCAGUAGCCCUUUUACAGUGACCACUGUAACUUUCACGUAUUUGUACUAAUACUGGAGACAUUGCUCAACCUUUCAUCCAGUCAACGUGACAACUUUUGAAGUGAUUGUCAAUCUAAAAUCCCUAAAUCCUGCAUCUACUGUUUGUCAGUUAAGCAGUACCUCUCUGAUGUGUUGUGGCAGCAGUUGGCAGAACCACUGGUGCAGCGAGAGUUACAUUGCGCCUGAUCAAGGACACUUGCCUCCGCCCACUGAGACCAACUAUUCUAUUUAAAACUCCUUUUCGUUCUUUUUUUUUUAAAAAAAACCUGUAAGUCCGGACCUUGUGUUUUCAGUAGGUGAACCGAAAAACCCCCCUAAAAAUUUGAAAGUUUCCCCUCACCACACUGUGACCUUUGUGAAAAUAAGCAAACUUUUGAUUUAUCAGACUUAAUUAGACUAUGAAUCAUAGAUAGUGUACAUUUUGUGCUUGAAAUGUAAAAAAAACAAAACAGAAACAUUAAGUUGAAAUGGGAGCUUCCAGUAGCUGUGGAUCAAAUCUGUAGAACGAUCAGGAGGAACUUUGGACCAGUCGUCGUACAGAGCUGCUGUAGCUCAGACAUUUUCUUAGGACGUCUGGUGUGAACAUCUCUUCUGGCUUUAGAUCUGUGCUCUGGCUGGACCACUCUCUUUGUUUGAAAUCAUUGUGCACUAGAUUUUUGUCAAAGUUUGGGGUCAUUGUCCCGCUGAUCGACCGGUCUUCAGCUGGUGGACCCUGUACAUAGUGCAGCAUGUUCUUCAUAAACAGCUCAACCUCAGUCUAUUAAACAUUUUCCCAACAGAA